AUGGAUCACCCCGAACCGAUCUCCAAACGUGUUCCCGAGAUCCCCCAAUGCCGCAAGGGGUUCACUCUAGAAGAAGCCCGUGGCUUUGUUGAUCGAGUUAUGCAAGUUUUUCACGGACUGGAAGACAUGACCGAUCUACGCUCAAUGUACGAGACAGGCAAACAACUCAGUCGCCUUUAUUUUGACUGCCACCAAUAUCGUAUCGAAUUAGCACAGUAUCUUACCAGUCUUGAUUACCCCGCCUUCGCAUCCAAGAUGAUGAAAAAGCUUAACAAUAUGGGUGUUUUCAAAAACGACAACAUUUGGUUCUCCUCGUUUUACUUCUACAAUACCACUUGGAAUUUCUCCGAAAUUUGGCCUGACUUUGCCACAGCCCUUGCCAACGCUGGCCUCCCUAACCUGCUCAAUUUAAACAUUGGUCACCAGCCCUACCUUGAUAAUCUUCCGAGCAAGAAUGUCUACUACUUGGUCAAGGCUAGUCUCUCUAUUAUCCACAAUAUUGCCCGAAUUCCAGGCAAUGUGCAUUGCUUUGCCUCUGAGACUGUCAAGACGGCCCUGCUGAAUCGCUGUCUUCGAGACGAAGCGUUCUUAUGCUGCAUCUCCGAUCUUUGUUUGGCCUACAUUGUCAACGACUCUGACACCUCCCUUAUUACAUCUCCCAACAACACGCAGGCCAGUCCGCCUAGCAUUCUGCACUGUCUGUUUGACCACGUGGCCACUGCCAAGGCCUCUGAGAAGAGACGCUGUCACAGCUUCCAGGUCUACGAGCUAUUAUCUGCCCUGGCCACUCUUGCAGUCAACGACAGCAUAAAAUCCGAUAUUCUGGCCUUCAGUUCGGGCAUGGGCUCGGAGCGCGUCACUUGCUUUGGCCUAGUCAAGGAGGCAGUUGAUGCGGCACUCCAGCCCUCUCCUCCGGUCUCGGCCAUACGGGAAGCGGAGGAAGUGGUUCGGCUUUUGUGGAACCUUGCUCUCGGCGGGUCCGCCAUUCAGUCGGAGCUAAACCAACAGGCAGGUGCAUGGCUCUCCAGUCUACUGCGUGAUUCCAGUCGCUGUGCAACUCUGCCGACCCAUAUUGUGCGCGCCCUGGAGGCCAUCUCAUCUCGCCUCUCCUGUCCUGGAACGCCGAGCACUCCAGGCGGCAGUCAGAUUGUGGUCAGUUUUGCGCCGGCCAAUCGCCUCACAGCCGCAAAGAUUGCUGAGCGCCUUCAGAGCGCCAACCUGCCAGUUCACAUGCUGGAAACAACCCUGCCAGACGCAGAUUCCGCCGUCGCUGACGCUUCCGCUGUGGGUUUAAGCGGGGUGUACCUUUUGGCACAGUCGCAUGCUGCCUGGAAGAAGAUCCUUGAUUCAGCCAGCAUCCUCGUCGUCUGCGCCUCGGAGGCAUACCGCUUGUCACCAGGCUGUCGACAGGAAGUAGAGUGUUUUCGUUCUAGUCUGGGCGUUCCCGUGGCUCCUUCAGGCGGCGAUGCAGCCUUUCGCCAGUCCGCAGGCAAGCAAAUAUUGCCGGUGUCUCUACAGGCCAAGUACAGACCCACCGGUUGGUUAAGCGAAAUUAUCGGUGGCCAGACCCUCAUCGAUCUGAGUGGUCGCCGCGACUUGGAUUCGGGUCUAGAAAACUUUGUCCUUCAAGCGCAGGACCUCUAUGCGGACGUGAAACAGUUUCUUGAUAAUAUGAGCAAUGAUCGUAAACAGUCAGUUGCCGCUCGCGACCCACAGCCAAAUCACGUGGACGGUCUUAGCAGCAGCAACCGAAACAUGAACGACGCUGCAGCUCCAGGUCUCCUGCCCUCUGGUGGUCCGAUGCUCGGCGUCAGCUGUGCCACCAGCCUGGGCCGUGACGGCAGUCUGCCCAAGGCCGUUGCCCACCCUCGAGGAUCCAUCUUCCAGACAAUGGCCCAAUAUAACUCGAUGGAUGCUUUCGUGCGUGCCUGUCGUUCAGCGGUACGCCCCGACGUGCGUAACUGGUCCACGCACAAAGUUGCCUCCUGGCUGAAAUUCCGCGGCAACGGCCAGAUUCUGCAAGUUACUGGAGCCUUUGAUGGCCUCAUCCUUUCUCAGUUGGCCGCUCUACGCUUCUGGGCGCCGGAAUAUUUUGCGCGCUCUCUGCAGUCGGAGCUCCAUCUCUCGUUCAUUGACGGACUGCGUCUGGUUGAGGCGCUGGAUGAACUGGCUCCGGGCGCAGCGGGCGACGACUGCUACGGAGAGGGCGUACAGGACAAUUACGAUGACCGGGCCGAUGCCUACUCGCAUGUCAGUGGCUGCGACAACAUGGGGCCGCGAUAG